UUUCAUCCUGUAUCAUUGUCCUUUCAUACUACAUCGUGUGUUCUGAAACAUAGUCGUAAUCGUCUGCCUAAGAGAGAUCCUAAUUUAUUGACUCCUCUGGAUCCUGAAGAUAAAAAUUUUAAAAUCGAAAAGGCACUUCAUCAAUUAACAAAAAAAUCGGAUAUAAAUAAAUGGACAAAUCCAACAAAACUUUUUGAUAAUAAAAGCUCUUCCCUGGGCAAAUCAAAAGAGCUUUUGUCCAAAAUGAUACUUCCUGUUGAAUCCUCUCCGGCUUCUUGGGAAUCUGAAGAAACUGGUUCCACGAAUUUCGAGGAGGAGGGCAGUACUGAACGUACACGUCAAAAAUUCAGGUCCAGAAAAGAUAACAAUGCCUUUUCAUUAGAACCUCAGAAGCAAAAGGUGACACGACAAAAAUUUAAAACGAAUGAUGUUAAUUAUUCGGAAGAAUUUGAUGGAAGUAUCAAGCCAGAGAGACCUAAGAAGGUUCAGCAAGUCCCUGAAGUAAUCAAAAAAAUCCAAAGGGAUGUAUUUAUUCCUGAGGCUAUCUCGGUUUCAAACCUGGCAAAAAUUAUUGGCGUACGAUUGGCACCUUUUGAACAUAAAUUAUGCAGUCUUGGAAUAGAAUAUACGACACAUGAUCAUUUGCUUAAUUCUGAAGAGGCAUCGCUAAUUGCGAUGGAAUAUGAUCUAAAUCCAAUAGUUGAUUCGGUUGCUGCAAUUGACCUUUUUCCAAA